AUGUCCGCACGCACUAGAAGACAAAAGGUCGCCCAGCAGGCUCAGAUCGAGGACGAGCAUUCUGACCCGGUCGUGAACGGCCACGGAAACGGCACUGCAGGCUCGAGCAAGACCGUCGAGAAGAUGAACGGAAGCACAGAGAAGCGCAGUGCGAGGCGCAAACGGACGCCGCCGCGGGACGAGGAGCAGAAGGAGAACAUCUUCCUCUUCUGGCCCAACAUCAUCGGAUAUGUCCGCAUCGUCCUUGCAACCGCAUCCCUCUACUACAUGCCUCUGCAUCCUCGAACAUGCUCUGCCCUGUACAGCGUCUCUUGCCUCCUGGACGGACUGGACGGCUAUGCAGCCCGAGUCUACAACCAAUCCACUACCUUUGGCGCGGUGCUCGACAUGGUGACGGACCGUUGCACGACAGCCUGUCUGCUGGUGUUUCUUAGCUCUGCCUGGCCUCGGUGGGCUAUCUUGUUCCAGGGCCUCAUCAGUCUUGACCUGACAAGCCACUACAUGCACAUGUACGCCACGCUUACCAUGGGCGGAUCGAACCAGAGCCAUAAGAAGAUCGAUUCGAGCAGGAGCUGGAUCCUGUACCAGUACUACAACAACAAGGCAGUAUUAUUCACCUUCUGUGCCAUGAACGAGAUGUUCUUCAUCGGCCUUUACCUGCUCUCCUUCUCCUCGCCGACUCUCUCUCCCUCGCUGCUUCAGCCGAGUGCUGUCCCCGUGGCCCAGCCAACCACCCUCUUUGCCAACCCAUGGAGCGCAGGAGCCCUUGAGAUGGCUCGAGCAAACAAGAUGGACAGCUUCUGGCCGUGGGUCCUUACUGGAGUUUCUGCUCCCAUUAUGGCCGGCAAGCAGUUUAUCAACAUUGUCCAGAUGGUCAAGGCCAGCCGGUGGUUGGCAGAAGGUGAUCUCGCAAGGCGCCGCAAGGCAUCGCAAAGUGACUAA